CCAGAUGAGAUCUUCCGUGGAUUGAGAAACGUGAAGCAGCUGAAGAUGGCCUCCAACCACCUGAAGGCCCUCCCGCCUUUGGGGCCCAUGGGGCUGCUCAAGGAGCUGGACCUCAGCAGGAACAAGAUCUCCUCCCUGGAGAAUUUGGAAGCCGCUUCCCUCCCGUCCCUGACCACGCUCAAGCUUCAAGGGAACCUUCUGGAGACCAUCCCCACGGGCCACUUCGACCCCCUGGGGAAGCUCACGGCCCUGCAUCUUGGGGACAACCCGUGGAGGUGUGACUGCCGCCUCCUCUAUCUUCAUCAGUGGAUACACAAUAACGCCAAAAUAAUAAAGGACGCCAGGAAGAUCAUCUGUAGGAGCCCCGAAGACCUGGCUGGGAAAGCAGUAAGCUCACUGUCAGAAGACCAGCUGCUCUGUUUAACAACAACCGCACCCAUUCAGCACCAGGCCUGGGGUCUCCUGCUGAGCUCCGACUACCGGUAUUGCCCAGUGUUCCUCCUGCUGUAUCUCUCCAUGCUCUCCGUGAGCAUCUUCUGCGCGGCCGUCUUGGGGCGCCUGGCAUACGCCCUCCACAAAGCCACGGAGCCGGUCCAGCUGCCUUGCAGGCCA